AAUUCUUUUUGAUGGACAUGCCCUUGGGCGAUAGUAUAUGUAGGCGGUAGGUGGCGGAGUGGCGACGGUUGCGUGAGGAUUUUGCUUAGCGACUCGACAUUCUGCGAGCGUCUUUGUGCAUUUUCAAUUAAAUGAAAAAGCAAGUUAGUUAAUGAAUCAUGGAAGUGGAAACGAGACGAAUAAGGAGAUUUGUGAAUCAACAAAUUAGGUCCAACAAUCUUCUUCCACUUCAUGCUCCUUCCUCCUCUUCCUCUUCUUCUUCUUCUCAACUUUCCAACACCAUUUCCUUUUGGUAUUGCGAUUACAAAUUCUCCUCGUUCAAUAAACACCUUUACCACUUCGGUCGUCGACAUGCCAACUUUUUUAGACUCUGGUUUUCCAUUGGACUUGGUUUUGCCCUUUCUGCUAUGCUUGCUGUUACUUUGAUUCUCCUUUGGGAGUUAGCAACAGCUUUGCAUCUCUGUGGAGAAAGCAAUAAACUUCGAAGUCUUACAAAUGCAUUGCUAUUUGGAUUCCCUCAUUUGCAGUCUGGUUUGAGCUUAUCACUUGCCGAUGCUGGAUAUAUAUGUAUUUCUACCAUCAUAUCUGUUUUUGUGCAUGAGCUUGGUCAUGCAGUAGCUGCCACUAGUGAGGGAAUACAAAUAGAGUACAUUGCCGUCUUCAUCGCAGUCCUAUUUCCCGGUGCUCUUGUCGCUUUCAAUUAUGAGUUGCUGCAAGCUUCCCAACAUUUGACUGCCCUCCGUGUAUACUCUGCUGGCAUUUGGCACAAUGCAGUGUGUUGUGCAGCCUGCGGAUUGGCAUUGUUCCUCCUGCCCGUGCUCCUGUUUCCCUUUUACAGCAGUGGUCAUGGUCCAAUGGUUUUGGAUGUACCCCCAACUUCACCUUUGUUUGGUUAUUUGGUUCCUGGUGAUGUUAUUCAAUCAGUGGAUAAUGUACCCAUCAGAAAUGCACAAGAGUGGUUGACGCUUAAUACUCUGACAUAUGACAUCCAGCUUAGAAAUGUAAAUAUUUCCCAGCACACUGGAGACUUGGGUGUUCUCAAUAAAAGGAAGGGUUACUGUGUCCCUAGUAUUGUGAUGGAAGCAAGCAAAAUUACUAAUUUUCCGGAAAAUCAACAUGUUUGUCCCAGUGAACUUUCCGCCUUUGUAAAAAUUUUAUGUUCUGACAAUAUUACACUGGAUGAUGGUCAGAGUGAAACUGAUCUAUCCAAUGGGAGAUGGAAUAUGUACUGCUUAAACGCUAAAGAUGUUGUCAAACUUGAUAAGUGUGGUGAUGGCUGGGGGCUAGCUACAUCAAAGAGAAGUAGCUGUUCUUGCUCGCAGGAUGAGUUUUGUUUGGCUCCAAUUCAGGAGCCUGGAAUGGUAUGGGUUGAAAUCACAUAUUCAAGUCCUUCUCAUGAAUGCUUGCAUGAAGAAAACACGGGUCCAGUUUCCAAAACUUCUGGACCUAAGGAAACUAAUUGUGGUGCCACUUUUAUAUUUGUUGGUGAUGUUAUCUCAAUGGCAUAUUCAAUUCAGCUAACAUCGUAUCUGCCUCACUGGGGACCAAAGAUCGUUGCAUAUUUUCCAAAUUUUAUAGAAAGGAUAUUAAUAUGGACAUUCCAUGUCUCUCUAGCUCUGGCUCUUCUCAAUGGUUUACCAGUGUAUUUUCUGGAUGGUGAAUCUAUUUUAGAUGCAACUUUAUCCCACUUUACUUCAUUAAGUCCAAGGAAGAGGAAGAAGGUUCUUAGAUUAUGUCUCCUUGGUGGGGUACUUGUUUCUAUUUUUGGCUUUUUUCGGUUACUCCUUUAGUUUUUUUUUGAUAUCGCCAUUUCUGUUUUGGUAUUUUGAAACGAGUGUAUGAGAAUAAAUCAACUCCUUGGACGGAACCUGAAUGUUCAAAAUUUCGGUUCCAAUCCUGAAGGAAUCAACUACACAGUGAAAUUCAGGUAACUUUCAAUAGAAUAUGAUUUUUAUUGAUCUAA